AUGGCGUCGGCGCAACCGUCGCCGUCUAAAACGUUCGCGACGACGAUCGGCAGCCGCCGGGCGCUGGCAACGACGCCGACGACGCGCACCGGCCCGUCGCAGACGACGACCGCAUCGCUCGCUGCGGUUGCCGCCGGCCUCGUCGCAGCAAGCAUCGUCGUGAUCGAGACGUCGACGCUUGCGCAACCGCCAAACAUCUCGCCACUCGCCUCUGUUCAUGACGACAAACCACCGGCUCCAGUACUAUUGGUGCACGAGGCACCCAGGGACGCGGGUAACGUGCAACCCUCGUCGUCGUCGUUGGACGCACCCAUCCACUUGGCGCUCGCCGCGCCAGGCACCGCCGUACCAUCGCUGCCCGCCUUGAACUCGACGUCGUCCUCGGUGGAUGUCGACCACUGGCAGCAAGAGCUCGCGGGGCUGCGCGCCCUCGAGGCCCAAGUUCGCAUCGACUACGCCGACAAGGCGGCGCGGAUGGCAGAGCUGGAGCGCAUUGCGGCUGCAAAAGCAGCAAUCAAGCGCCGCCUACGCGGCCACAGUGCACCUUGA